CUUUUCACACAUGCGCAGUAGAUCGGUUGGUGCCCUGGUCGCUUAGUGGGCACAAAACUUUAACACUUGCUUAUCUCUCUCGCGGUUCUCUAUCCCUCGCUAUCUCUCUCGCGCUCCCUAAUAAUCCUCGUACGAACCCGCCUGCAAAAAGAGAAGUCAGGGAGGCGCUUUAAAAAUCAGGAGUGGUCGUAAGAAGCCUAACUUAUAAAGGAGGACACAUUUAUUAACUAAUUUCGAGAGAAAAAAGGGUACAGUGCUGAGGCCUUUCUGUGAAGACUUGGCUUGUUCUCCCUGUGUCUGCAUGGGUUCUCUACGGGCGCUCCUGCUUCCUCCCACCGUCCAAAGAUAUUCAGGCUAGGUGAUGGCAGUGGCAGUCUCCAGAGAUCUGACAGUGCAGGUGCUGGAGGAUGUGAACACUGUCAAGUUGACUGACAGACAGCAGGCUUUGCGCGCUGCCAUCCAGAGAGGAGAGCCCAAAUGUCUGGGGGUGAGUCAGGUGAUGCUGGGGCUGAUGGUCAUGUCCUACUCCAUUCCUCUGCACUUCACUGAGGCCACUGAGGUGGUCAUCCUGGGAGUUCCUUGGUGGAGUGGCCUGACGUUCAUCACAGCAGGAGUGGUUGCUAUCGUCUUGGACAAACACUGCACCAUGAAGAUUCUGCAGGUGUGUUUGAUGGUGAGCGUGGUUUCCACUAUGCUGUCAGUGGUGGCUGUGAUCAUCUACUCUGUGGACAUGGACAUGAAUCCUGAAGUGGCCUGCGUCAAGACACUGCAUGGCAACUGUAGCGAGACACACUACGCCACGAGGCUGAGCAGAGGAGUGAAGUCGUCCCUCCUUCUCUUCACCCUGGCCCAGGCAGCCAUCUCUGCCAUUCUCUGCUUCCUUCUCUUCAGGCAGAGACGCAGCUUCGGACAGUAUACUUCUCUCACCGAAGCGGCUCCCACAGCACUCAUACCACCCGACCUGAACUGAUCAAUAAUUGGACCAGUAGUCACUGAGAUGAUGGAUCACUUCUCAUCAUGUGACUGAUGGUAUUCAGAUUGAAUUUGUCUGUCUGCUUGUAUCUAGGCCUAUAACUUCCUGUGCUUCCUGAUACAGUCCCCUCCAAAAGGAAUGGUAUGGCAAAUUCCUUUGUUUUUAUUGUUCACUGAAGACAUUUUUAAGAUCAAAAGAUGAGUAUGAGACAAGAGUUCAGAAUUUCAGCUUUUAUUUCCUGGUAUUCACAUCUAGAUGUGUUAAACAACUCAGAACAUACCACCCCCAAGGAAAACAACAGUAGUUAAUGACUUUGAUGAUAUUGUUAGAGCUGUGAAGAAAACCCCCAAAACAUCAGGAAGUGACAUCAGCAACGACCUCCACAGUGCAGGGUGAAGGUAUCACAAUCCACUGUUGGAAGAAGACUCAGAGAGUAGAAAUAUAGAGGCCACACCACAAGAUGCAAACCACUCAUCAGCAGGAAGAAUCGGAAGGCCAGAUUGAAAUUUACAGAGUACAGAGAUGAGGCGCGAAAGUUCUGGAACACAAUCUUAUGGACUGAUGAGACCAAGAUUAAUCUCUAGCAAAGUGAUGGAAAGGCCAAAGUGUGGAGAAAGAAAGGAACUGCUUAUGAUCCGAAGCAUACAAGCUCA